AUGUCUUUUGUCGACCUUCUGUUUCCCCAGGCGGAGCUCGAGGCUCUUGGGAACAAAUGGCAUGAACCGGCUCCUAAGAGGAGAAAGCUAGGAUCUGGGAUGCCGCAAGUGGUCAAGGAGAAUCCGUCAGCACGAAGGAGGCAGAGUAAUGAGACAAAUUUGAGUCAAAGGCGCCAUAGACUCUCUACACCCACGGCGCAUCGACCUGGCAUACAGUCAUCAUGCGCCGAGGAUAGCAGAACUCGCCAUACGAAGAGGUCGAACUCGGACUCGCAAGCGCUAUUAUUUCCAGCCACAUCAACCCAGCAGGCGAAGCACACAACAACAAGCAAGUCAUGUCUUCCGAGCUUCAUCGAGCCUUCACUUCUGAGGAACUACCUUCGUCAUCUUCAUCCUAAAGACAGCAAUCGGUACACGAGUCCCAGCAGUCCCAACUCGAAUGUCCCUUCUACCGAGGAUGCGGUCCCUUCUCCAGGCUCUCUGGUACUAGAUUCAGCUCCAUCUCCUGCCUCGACAGAUAAUUGCCCAACUCCGGGCGCUGUUUGUGACCAAUUCCGUUCUGGACCAUUCGGCCACUUGUUCAAUGGUAUGCGCCUCACCGACAACGAACGAGACCUGAUGGAGGACCUACUGAGCGAGUCUCCUCCUACAAUGCAAGAGGAAAUGCCUACUCACAAGCGCAGACAGGAGGAGGGCAAAGUCCAAGUGGCAUCGGAGGACUACUCUUCUAUUGAGGAGUCGCUGCUACAAACGAUGCUCCCUCAAAAUCCACCUAAGGGGACUCAGGCCCUUGGUAACGAAUCAACCAGCUCUGUCAAAACACCAAGGGAGUACGAUGUGCAUUCAUCAGGAUUGAGCCUGGCGACCGACGAAGCACAGGAUGAGAGUGAUGUUACCAGCCACAGGGGGAUUGUCAUCUACGAUUAUGGUGCACUCAGUGUUGACGACUUUUUCGAUCUUGACGAAGCGUCUACCUGA